GCCCAUGAGCGUUGCGCCAUGACACUUGUGGUGGGCGCCAUGACAGUGCUCUGCUUUUUAUAUAGGAUCACCUAUCACAUGUCAGAUCAGGGGUCUUCUUCGAUUAUCGAAUCGAAUGAAAAAUUAUCGAUUAUCCCCAUGAGAUCCGCCAUGUUCGAUUAAUGGCCCAUCUCUUUUAUUAUAUAGGAAAACCCAUAGUAAAAUCUCCUAACCUCCAAACCACCAUGAGCUUCUCAGUAUUUGAUUCAACGCUAAUUCUAUGUACGUCCUCAACAAUCCUGAAAUUCAGUCUUCCCCAGAAAUCCCUGGAGAAGCUGAUCCUCCCUGAGCCUCUGGAGAAGCAGACAAUUCCUCACAACAAUUCGAUGGACUCGUUCCAGGGAAUAACAUCGGUAUCCUUCUCAACUCGUGGUGAUUACUUCGGUAUCUGCACAAAUAAAAAACAACUGUGCCUUUACAGAACCAAGGACCUGUCACUAUUAUCCAACAGGACUCUGGUGAGAGCAGCAAGUCGCGUUAAAUUCACUCCAAAAGAUGAUGUAAUCGUCGCUGAUAAAUCCGGUGAUGCAUACGUUUUUUCUACGAGUAAUCCAGGAAAUUCUGGAGAUUUAAUCCUUGGACACCUAUCGAUGCUCCUGGACAUUGUGGUCUCCCAGGACGAGAGAUUCAUCAUCACAGCAGACAGAGACGAGAAAAUCCGAAUCUCGAAUUUCCCCAACUCCUAUAGUAUUCAGUCUUUCUGCCUGGGACACACGACGUUUGUCAGUAAUAUUCUGGAACUGCCCCAUGACCGACGAGUCCUGGUGUCAGCCGGGGGUGAUGGCACCUUUAGAUUUUGGAAUUACGUUGAUGGGACUGAAUUAAAAUCUGUGAAUUUUAUGGAGAAGGUCCAGGAGGGCCUCGUGGAGAGACUCAAUGAGGACUUGAAGGAUUUAGAGCUGCAGGAGGCAGUGAGAAAUCUCCCGGUGAAAAGACUUGCACUCCAGGAAAUCCGAGACUCUCCCCGGGAAUCCAUUAUGGUCAGCAGUUUCUAUGGGUCUGGACUCCUCCUGGUUUAUCAAGUUCAUGAAGACCUUGAUGUAGAGUUCCUACAGACAAUCGUUGAAGACGAAGAACCUCUGGAGAUGAUUCUCUCUGGGGGAAAACUGUGGAUUCUCCUCGAUUGGGGAGUUAAAGCCUAUCGUCUAGAGGGGACUUUUCUCCCAGACUCUGAAGUCAAUAAUGCUCUGGGAAAACUCAAUGACAGGUGGAAAGAACUAAGGGCCAGUGCUAGCAAACAAAUUUAUUUCCCGAUUUUGUACAAAAGAAAAUUUGAUAAUGUUCAGGAAUACCAAGAGAGAAAGAAGUCAAGAUUGAAAGUUUCUGCUUGAAAAUUUAUUUAUUGUAUUUUUCUACUGACUUUCGAUUAAAGAAAAAAAUAAGUUUCA